UUAGGUUACAAUGUCAGCGCAAAAGGUAUACACGGCCUUUUUCUAUGGUACCCUGCUCCAUCCUGCAAUCCUCAGGAGGGUCAUAGGACACCAGGGUGCCGAUCUCGAGAUCUGCCCUGCCCUCUUACUGGAACACACCAGACAUAAAGUUCAACAUGCAGACUACCCAGGCCUCAUAUCCUACAAGAAGAGUCGCCAACUUCUUGGAAAGGAGCUCCCGCCGAAGGAUCGCGCAGUCCGCGGGACGCUCGUGAGUGGACUUAACAUCAACGAUAUCCGUCUGCUCGACACAUUCGAAGGCGAUGAGUACGUACGUGCAAAGGUUUCCGUGCACCCGCUCGGUCCCUUCGGUUCUCUCGAGUCUGCUGCAAAAGACUCGGCUAUAGUCCCUACGACUCCUCCGCCACUCUCCUCCGAGUUCGUCGCCAACCUGCCCAGCACGCACCCCGCAAUCGAGGCAAGCACCUAUAUCUGGAUACAGCCCAUCAGUGAACUGAGUCCUGACAUUUGGGACUACGCGGAGUUUGUGCGGGAUAACGCGUGGAAGUGGGUUGGCUCAAGCCCCACCGCACAGGAGAACGAUUAUUAUUUGGAGGUUGAUCGGAGAAGGGAGAUGGAUGGACAUAUCGAAAGGCACGAGAUCGUCACCGUGGGCGAGGAGCAAGAGAAGAGGGUCGUGGUAGAGAUCAACGACAAUUAGAGCAUCUGGAGGUUGUAGGAUAUACGGUUUGGAUAUUUGGAUGUAUCGUAGAGGUCACCACUUGU